CAACGCGACAAUGUCUACUGAAUGUUGGUAGUAGCCUGAGUGGUCUGUUAUUGGAAAUGUUCCUCUAUCCCAAACUCCUCCCCACUGCUGACACUACUUACAAAACCACUGCUUGAGUAUUAUCAUCUUGCGCAUCACCCAUGCAUUCUUACCAAGCACUUCAAAACAAUGCUCUCUCCUUCAAAUCAGUUUCAAAAUGACUUUAAAAUAAAAAUCCACAUUCACGUAAAUAUAAAGCGCAUCACCCAUGCAUUCCUACCAAGCACUUCAAAACAAUGCUCUCUCCUUCAAAUCAGUUUCAAAAUGACUUUAAAAUAAAAAUCCACAUUCACGUAAAUAUAAAGCGCAUCACCCAUGCAUUCCUACCAAGCACUUCAAAACAGUGCUCUCUCCUUCAAAUCAGUUUCAAAAUGACUUAAAAUAAAAUCCACAUUCACGUAAAUAUAAAGCAUUAAAGGCAGUCAGUCUAUAAACCACUAGCCUCCCAACUGACACAAUUAACACAUAAAAGUACAGAAUACAGAAAAUAAAACCAUACAUAUCCUCAAGAGUUUAAACUCAAAACACUACUCCUAAAGGUACCUACUGUAGUAAGGUCUCUUUACAUGAUAGGGGAUGGAAUUCCAAGCUAUAAAACUCUCUUAAAAAAUGCCAAAUUACAUAUAUCAAUUUGAGAACAAAGAUUUGAAUAAUUAUCAUGAGAUACAAAUAUUGUUUAUAUCUAGAAAACAAAAUGUAAACUUACAGUCGUUACAAACUGAAAGCAAGCAUCAAAACUAAUAAAAUGUUGCAAUAAUGAGAGUCUAUUCAUAGAUCACUAUUUUUAAAAAAUGUUUACUCUUGAAAAUUAUAGAACAGUUAAAUUGUAGCUACAUGGAAAAUAUAAAGGCAUGUAGACCUCCUUUACUGAGAUUGUUAAUGUUUCAAUGAAUGCGCAAACUUUACAUUCAAGUUCAACCAAGCAAACAACUAAUCUUUACAUACUGGGUCACCAAACCCCUUUGUUUAAUAUUACAAUUUUAUAGCACACGGAAAUGAAAGUCAGAUAUCAUAACUUUGAUCACGUCAACCAAUUGCUUUUUUGACCAUCAUUGAAAAUACUUAUUCCCAUCAAUUGUGGCAGUAUAUAGGUUUGCAUCAUACCGGUUUGAAUCUUUUAACUCGCAGAUGAUAUUCAGAGAUAGCACAGAUGUUCAUCGCAGUUACUCUGUUCUAAUUUGAGCUACCCAAAGUUGCGGACGCAUACAACAAGAAAAUAUAUCUCCUUUAGGUUUACCAUGGCUAAAGCUUCAGACAUCCUAGAAAAUGAGAUGCAGAAAAUGAUGGAAUCUGUUGAGGAGAUAAUUUGGAGCAAACAGACUUAUACUGUUCAAGAUAUAUAUGCUCGGUCUUCAUUCCCGAUCUUAGCAAGGGUUGAGGACAGCUUCCUUGGUGACCACUCUACUGACAGUUACAGUACUGGUGAGAUCUUAUGGAUAAGAGGAGGAAUUGAACAAAACAGGGUUAUCAUGGAAUCUCACAAAGGAGAAUGUUUGAGUAUUCCCAUCUCAAAUAACUUCAAAAUAAGGAGAUCAAAUUGUGAAUAUGAAAAUUAUCAGCCACUUUCUGAUAAAUUAGUGGAAAGUGAAAUCGGUGAAUGGAAUGAAAUCAGUGAUACAAAGUUGUACAACUACAAAAAUGAUGAACUGUGGAAUAAGUUUGCCAGUUAUGAUUUCAGAUGCAUGAAGAUCAUAGGGAAACAUAGCAUGACAUUCCUUACUGGGUUUUCACUAUUUGAUGAGAUGAGCACUGCAGAUUUUUCACCAACUGUGUUCAAACACCAUUAUCAGCAGACAUUUGUACUGGGCACUGGUCUCAACACACACACCUUUGAAAAGUGGACUCAGCUUUGUGAGGAGUUAGCGCCGUUGCAUGAUGAGCCAACAUUACCAGGAAUUACUUUAUAUUCAAAGGAAUAUAAUAACAGAGAAAUCCAAAGUAUGCAGCCAUUGAGCACAGACGAAAAUGAAAUUAUGAAUAGGAAGGAAGGUAGUAAUGGAGGCAAAGACCAAGAAGACAUCCAAUCUGAUGACAAAAUAAAUACUCAUAAGGAAUACAAUAACAGAGAAAUCCAAAGCAUGCAGCUAUUGAGCACGGAGGACAAUAUUAAUGGUGGCAAACACCAAGAAGACAUCCAAUCUGAUGAGAAAAUAAAUACACACCCAGAACAUUUAACCAGUAAAUCAAUUGAAAAAGAAAGAAAAAAGUCCAAGAAAAGCACACGGAAAUUAUUAAAACAUCCACCUGAUACAAAAUUGGAAAAAACUAUAAAAAAAAGUUAUAAAUGGAUUCCUCGGGUAAUAGAACAAAAUGAAAAGAAUGAGGAAAAUAAAUACAAAACAUUGAUACUCAGUAGUAAAGAGACCCAUAAAUAUUAUGAAUCGCUUGGGUGUGUUCCCAAAAAUAACUGUAAUUUUCCACUUGAUCUUGACAAACCUCAGGAACAGUGCGCAGAUAACAUUUCAUGUUGGAGCCAAUCAGAUUCAUUGAUUCACAACAAACCGAACCUGCCUAAAACACAAGUCCGCAUACCUAAUUACUACAAACAAGUACUACCAUUAAUUCCACCUUCAAAAAUUGUAGUCCCUUUGUCAACCAGUAACUCUGAAAUCCCUUCGUCAACCAGCUGUUAUGAAAUUGCUUCAUCAAUUUCUGAAUGCGAGUAUGAAGAGAUUGGUGCCAGCACAAUGCACAGAUUAAAAAAUUUAAAAAUGAACGAUGGACGAAUUUCUCAAAAAGAUGACUUACCACAAGAUCUUAAGAUGCUAACUUUAGAUCAGGUUCAAGACUGUCUGAACCUUCUCCACUUGGAAAGGCUUGCCGAUAAAUUUAAGGAAAAUGACAUUGAUGGCAUCAUUCUUUGUGACCUUUCAAAAGAUAUGCUUAUCAAUGAUCUUGGCUUAACAAGGAUUGAAGCUUUAAAACUCAGGAAGUUUAUAGACCAAAAAUGGUUGCCCAAUAGCAGCUAAACUGAAACUGUUAUAAAAAAUGUCAUCAAUUAAUAAAUAUUUUUAUAUAAAACAUAUAGCUAGGUAAUCUAGAAGGUUUUUUUUUUUUUUUUUUUUGAGAAAUCUAUUCUAAAAACUUGUAAAUAACGGAAUUCAAAACAGAUUACUGAUACCAUUUUAACUACACUGGUUGUUUGAUUGCAAUUGCACAGCAUGGCAGACAUCAGAAUGCAUAUUUUAUACAUUAUAAGCUGGGUGACACUGGAUUUGGACCUGUAUGAAUUGGAACCCCCUCAGCCUCAAUCUAUAAACAAACAUUUGGAAAGCGAUAUUCGACUUCCAUUAUUAAAUAUACUGUACUAGAUAUUUCUAGAUGUUUAGGUCUCCAUGACCAUACAGUAGGUUAACUCUGUUAUCCCUCUGUUCAAUCAGCAAAAUGUUAAGGAGUACAUUUAGACAACAGCUUAACAUGGAAAAAACACAUCACCAAGAUAGAACUUAAAAUUUCCAAAAGCCUUUGUAUCAUUUCUAGAUUGUCCUUUUUACCCAAUAACAUCCUCCUUAUCCUCUAUUGCUCCCUCAUUCUUCCUUAUCUGAGCUAUUGCAACAUUGUUUGGGCCAAUACAUAUUUAUCCAACAUCAACAAACUCCAAAUUCUUCAAAAGAAGGCUAUCAGGAUCAUACAGUAGGUAGCACUACAUCUCGGUUUCACUCUUCCAUUUAUUUUUUAAAAAUUGAAUCUUCUCAAACUCACUGACAUUAAUUUAGUCCAACAAGGAAAAUUUGUAUUCUCUGCUAAGCAUUCUAUUCUUCCAAAACAUUAUGCAAUAUGUUUAUUCCCAAUUACUCUAUACACAAUUACCCCACACUAUCUGCCCACAACACUAAUUAUUUUAACGUAACAUUAGAUAUUCAGGCCUACAAUGAUGAAUAAUCUCUCUCUCCCACUUUUUAAUGCUGCUUCUCUUGUCUCUCAUUCUCAAAGAAAAUCAAACUACACCUAAUGUCAUACUAUUAAAUUAUUAUAUCCUCAGUCAUAAUUCGAUUUGUUCUGCUCUUAAAUGGACUUGAGUUGUUAUUUAUUUACUUUUUAUUAUUAUUUUUCUUUAUUUAUAUAUUUAUCUUCAUCUUCUCAGGAUCAUGCAUUCUUCCAUAGCUUGUUUUCGAUUUUAUCUCAAAUCAUACUGCAUUGUAUAUUUUGUGUGUUUUUUCUAUGGAAAUAAAUGUCUUUUGAAAUUGAAAUUGAAAUCAUAAUAGGCCUACAUAUAUUCAGGGCCAUAUCCAGGAUACCAUUGG